UCGGUUGUUCCUUUUCUCUUCGCCCGGCUCUGCCAUGCCCUGCUCGGAAGACAACCUCGCCACCUCUCCCAGCAAGCGCGCCCGGGCUGCGGAAGAGGGUCCCUCGCGGCUCCGCUUUGUCCGCCUCUCGGAGCACGCGACCGCCCCCACCAAGGGCUCCGCGCGCGCGGCCGGCUUCGACCUGUACAGUGCAUAUGACUAUACAGUGCCACCAAUGGAGAAAGCCCUGGUGAAAACCGACAUUCAGAUAGCUCUUCCCUCUGGCUGUUAUGGAAGAGUAGCUCCACGUUCUGGCUUGGCUGCAAAACACUUCAUAGAUGUAGGAGCUGGUGUCAUAGAUGAAGAUUAUAGAGGAAAUGUUGGUGUUGUACUAUUUAAUUUUGGCAAGGAAAAGUUUGAAGUGAAAAAGGGUGAUCGAAUUGCACAACUCAUUUGUGAACGGAUUUUUUACCCAGAAAUAGAAGAAGUUCAAGUUUUAGAAGACACUAAAAGGGGCUCAGGAGGUUUCGGUUCCACUGGGAAGAAUUAAAGUUUACACCAUGGAUAGAAUAUGAGCACAUGAUUUCAUUUGGUAGAGCAUAGAAUUUGCAUGCUUGAAAGCUCUCUUUGGAUAGUGCUCUGGCAUUUCUUUUCCCUCAUUCUCUUCUUAUAUCUUAUGUGAAAUAAAUAUUUUUUUAAGAAAAAAAGGAAAGUAAUAUGUACUUUUAUAUUUAAAAAAUAAAGUUUUUGCUUAAAAUGU